GCGCGGCAGUCGUAGGAGAGCCUCGUGACGCACACGAUCCAGGUUGCGGCGUGUAUCCCUUUUUCGCCGCGAGAUACCACGCUGAUUCUCGCGACGGUGACUCGCGACGGGCGUACCUCGAACCGUGUAUGCAGAGAAGCGUUGGGCCUCUCCUCCUGUUGUCUCUCGCGCGGGAGAGUGGAGGGACAGACUGGCGCAGGGCCAGUAGGAUCCACCGAUAUAAAGAUCUGCGGUCGCACCGGCCGGGAGGUUACUCGUUUCUUCAUCGCCGUCCAAGUGCAACGGGAGGGACGGACACAAUGAUGCAAAAAAGACUCGCCGCGCGAAAGCUCCUCUUAACGAUAUUACUAGCGACGUGCGGCAUCUCGAUCGUCGCAUCAUCGACGAGCAGGGAAAGGCGGCACGUCGGCGCGGAAGAGGCCGUUCAUCGAGGGGGGAGGACGUUGGCCGGCAGCAGCAAUAGUUUCAAGUCAUCGACCGGCAGAGAGAACGAGAUAACCACGGAAGUCGGGAGGAAAGUGUCGCACAGGCUGAUCGGUGGCCACUUGAGAGCCACGGAUACGAAGCAAGAAGCGUUCUGGGACGAGGAUAUCCUGUUGUCGUCGUCUGGGAACGGGAAGGAGGGGAAGGCCGGGCGCAAGGACGAGGACGACGAGAAGAAAACUCUCUCCCAACAGGUGAAAGAGGGGAAAUACGGGCUGAUCCAGAACGAGAUCUACGCCACCGGAUCCCCUAAACGGCCUGGGAUAAUUAGCUACUUGGGUAACCCGGAGGUGCCCAAGGACACGAUAGAGAAUCUGGGUGGCCUCGACGAGGAAGAGAUUUGGCUGGCGGAGAAUCACGUGCUCGUGUUGAGGGGAGGGAAAUUUCCCGGCCACGAGGCGACGCGGACCAGCGCCGGGGACAUCGUGCAACACACCUGGCCACCGAUCGACGACUACAAGGCGCCCAGGAGGCAGGUCAAGAUACCGUCGAAACCGAAGGUACCGCCACCGUUUCCGGUACAACUCUCGGAAGGUGGGCCCAUACAGAUCAUCGGCCCGAACGGGACCAAGGAAGUCGGGCCGAACGGGACCGUCGACUAUGGAAAGGAUUCCUUCCUCACCAAGGGAUUAUUAUCGGAGGACGACCCCUUUUUCACGGUUUUCUCCAACGGGAGCGUCGUAUCGAUGCCCGAUUCGAGGAACGCGUCGUCCGAGGAAGGAAAUUUGAGCGGAAAGGAGAAGUUGCCCGACGCUUUACCGCCUGCCAGUUUUCCACCCUUUUAUCACGCGAUACCACCCGGCGCGGUGUUCGUGCCACCGCCGGCCAACAAUCAAUCGGACUACGACGAGGAGGAUCAAUCCGUUUACUACCCACCCCCCUACAGUUUCCAUUAUCAGCAGGACAACGCGACAGCUGUACCGCCCGGCCCUUUGGUACCGGGAAUCAUCCUGCCACCCCCGCCGGAUUUCUUCUCUGCUCUCGAGGACAAGAAGACCACGACGAAGAAGUACACGCAGAAACGGCCCGAAACAACACCGUUGCCGAGGCCAAGGCCCACCUAUCUACCGCCCAGAAAACUCACUACGAAACAGUACAAGAGCACGACACCAACCGCGACACCAACCGCGAAGCAAGGAUCGGCGUCAUUGGGCGUGACGAAAGUGUUCGGUAGAAUAACCUCGCGAAAAAACCUGACGGUUGGGACGAGAUCGGCUGCCAGGGUGAAAUUGGGAACGGUUCCUUACGUGGAAGUAACGACAUCGGCGCCCGACAAAUCCACCACGCUCGAGAAUCCGCAAGAAUUGUACAACGUUGGCCCGUUGGGGGAGAAUCAGGUAACGAGCCGGGAGAGCGCGCGGAAGAACGAAGCUUGGUCGGGCGUGGUAACGGGUAAAACGAUUCCUAUAAUGGCCUACUACGCCACGUCCACGCAGUCCACCUUGGAGAGACCCGUGGAAGUGACGCCGGCCUCGAUAAAGAGUAUCAUUACUACUACCGGCAACCCGCAACGAUCGCACAACGGUCAAGCAUCGUACUAUUUUUACGAGGAAUCGAACGACGAGCAGCCACCCCUCCGCACGACCCCCCCGAAUCCGGUUUAUUACGAAACUACAACGGAGUCGCCGUUUUUCGAGACGCGACCACGCGAGGGGAAGAAGAAACAAUAUUACAGGGUGGAGACAGUUGCGUCCAAGGAUUACAACGGUAUUGGGUUCAUAGGCUCGCCGGCGAAAAAUUCUGGACCAAUUCGUUACAGCGAGUCGACGAUCGCGCAAAGUUCAUCGAAGUACAGCGGGAGCAGCUCGGCGAGAGCUCACGGUCAACGCAUGUUACCUGAUCGCGCGCCUCUUUACUAUCAGACCGUCCCCGCUCGUCCACCCGUGCAGCCUUCUUAUUCUUACACCACCUCGAAGCCACCGCAGGCUUAUUACAGGCAGGAGGCGAAACCGAAGCCGAUUUAUCAGUACAGUUUCGAAGCGGCCGAUUACUCGAAGCGAAGCGGUAAUCAGAGGCAGCAGGUUAACGCUGCCUAUCGAAACGAUUAUCAAAACAUUCGAAUCGGGGCGGAUUACAAUAACGGGCCGAGAUACGACGAGCCCGAAAAGAGAAUCAGGACGGAAGUGUACAAAAACCAGCAUCCGAUCUUUCAAUCGAGCACCACUGCUCACUCGGUGAUAAGCACUACGGAAAACCCUCAACAAGCUUAUUACACUCGCCACGAGGAGAAAUUGCUGGACGAUGUCACGAAAGAGUAUUUCACGAUCUUUGGAAAGAAGAUCGGAAAGAAUAUACCGAGCACCACUCCCUUGUACUCCAACAAACUGAAGAGCGUAGCCGAGACACCGAGCUACAACGGUUACGCGGAGAAUUUCAACAGCCCCGAACCACCCGUGUACAAGAUACCCAACGUUAAGGUGCACUACGGGGAUCAAUCCCAGAAGCCGUACUCCCUCAAAGAGGACAUCCUCGUCAACGAGAGGCACCCUCUGCCGCCGAUCAAUCCCGACAGCGAGUUUAUCACCGUGGUCGACCAUCGACAACCACCCAACUACGGAAUACAUACGGAUAACAACCAAUCAGGGGACGAUCGACCGUUGGCAGCGAUUCGCGUCUAUCCGUCCCAACCGCUCGUGAAUCAAAGGAUCGGCCCGCCCAACAACAACUACGUACCGGUGGUCGAGUCCCCCGAAGAAUUGGACGACGUUGCUUACCCGCAAUUGCCUAUAUCUCUGGAAGACGACAUCAAAGUGAAUUAUCGGGACCCACGACCCACGAUCAAUCCCGACGCGGAGCUCAUCAAUCUGGAGGACGAUAUCAAAGUGAACUACCGCGAUCCGCGACCUACCCUAAACCCAGAUGCCGAAUUCAUCGAGCCGAUCCCUGCGCGCGAGAACCAGCCGGAAAAACCGAAGGCCUAUUUCGCGUACCGAUUGCCGGGCGAUGGCGGUCACUUUUACUUCCUAACGCCGCAGGCGAUCACGCAGAGGCCGGAUCAUAGCGCCGGCCACCUCUACUCGAGAGUGGGAACGAGGCUGCCUAGACGUCGACGGAGGCCGGGCAACGCGUGAUACGCUUUGUACGCGGCGAGGCAGCCAACGUAAUGCCAUAUAUCAAUCAUCGAGGACGCACGAUGGAAAUGCGUGUCAUAUAGAACGCAACGCGUGAAUCAAACGACGAAACGUUUUGUACCGUUACUAGGAUAUUUAUUGUACGUGUAAAUGUAUAUAACGUGUAUCUCUUGUACGUAUGAUUAAGAUAGAUGAUUAUCGAUAAGCCUCGUUUAUGCUAUAUUAAAUGCUUAAUUUAUAUGCGAUCUAACUUUAUCCCCGCUUUAGAGUGUGCGUAGGUGUGUGCGUGCGUGCGUGCGUGCGUAAGUGUAAGUGCCGCUCGUGUGCGACGAUAGGUAAGCGCGGGUCCUUUUGAAAGAAAAUCGUGUACUCGCGCGUUGUCUGUGAUUAAUGAUCGAUAGUAAACGCGUAUUGUGUACAUAUAAUUAUGAUUGACGAUAUUUAGAUUCUGUCGUAGAGCGCACAGAGUGCAUUUUUAUAAAUCGUUAAACGAAAUAUGUUAUAACCGAUGCAUGCAUGGAAUAAAUAUUGUUUCUACGAAGUUUCCUUCCUUUGUGUAGAAGAAAAAUAAUUAAUAAAGAUAUUAUAUAUCGAUAAUCAACGUAUACGAUAGUUUCUACGGACAGUAUUCGAUAUCGUAGUUAGUUGACACUAUAGUUGAUAUUAUUCUUUUGUAUUUCUUAUACGAUGAAUCGAUCAAAAAAUUUAUUGUGUAUGUAAAUAUUUAAUGAGAUACGUUUAAUAAACGGUAUUAUUAUUGUAGGAUUGGAUUGUGUAAAGUACUUUUUUAAACGAUACGUGUCAAUGUAAUGACAAAUGAAUUUUUUUAAGAUCGAUUAUUUGAACUUAGAAAUAAAAUAUAACAAAUUUAAAAAAUUCGAAGAAGUGAAACUUUAUGAAUGAAAUUUUCUUCUAUUUGAAGCCACGAUAAAAAUAAAUUACGAGUAUUAUAUUCUUUAUAUUGUUAACGAAUAGAUAUUAAAUAUAAAUAACUCUACGACGGUUGAAGUUAUUUAUAUUUAGUAAUUGAUUGAUAAAAAUAAAUGAUGCAAGGAAUGCAAA